AUGGAGGGUGAUAAGAGUUCAAGCUCUUUCCACACUAGUGAAACAGCACAAGAGAAGGGUCUGUCAUACGUCCUCAAGUGUGACAAAAUCUCGAGUUCAAAUAGGCCUAGUUUAUAUCCGGAUAUUGCACAUGUCCCCAUCAUCGACUUGGCCGGGUUGGGAAAGGAUCCUGCAUCAAGAUCUACUGUUGUCAACGACAUUAGAAAUACAUGUCGUAGCAAUGGCUUUUUUCAUAUUAUAAAUCAUGGAAUAGACCAAUCAACACUGGAUGGAGCUCUUUCGUUGGCCUCUAAAUUUUUCAAGUUGCCUAGGGAGGAGAAGAUGAAGUUGAUGUCGAAUGACGUGAAGAAGCCAGUUAGGUAUGGGACGAGCAUUAAGGAUGGUGAGGACAAUGCCCAGUUUUGGAGGGUGUUUCUCAAACUCUAUGCACAUCCCUUGAAAAAUUGGGUUGAGUUAUGGCCUAACAAUCCAACAGAUUAUAGAGAAAAGUUGGGAAAAUAUGCUGUGGAAGUGAGGAAACUAGCCAUGGAGAUCAUGGAAGCCAUCACCGAGAGCCUUGGCCUAGGUACCAAAUACAUAAGCAACAAGAUGGAGGAUGGCAUUCAAGCUUUGGCUGUCAACGGCUACCCACCGUGCCCUAAUCCGGAGCUAGCACUCGGAAUUCCGCCUCAUUCGGACUACAGCUGCAUAACCAUUGUCCUCCAGAGCUCCCCGGGGCUGGAAGUCAUGGACCCUAGGGACGGCUCGUGGAGGCUAGUCCCGGAAGCUAAGGGCAUACUGCAGGUGCAUGUGGGUGACCAAGUUGAAGUGCUAAGCAAUGGAUUGUACAAAGGUGUGUUUCAUAGGGCUACCCUUAACUCCGAAAGGUUCAGAAUCUCCAUCGCCAGUCUCCAUGGCCUGGCCAUGGAUGAGAAGAUAGAGAGCGCCAAAGAACUUGUGGAUGAAGAACAUCCCAAAGGCUACAAGGGGAGCAGCUUCACAGAUUUUCUGAAUUUUAUCUCCGGAAAUGAUAUUGGAGAUGGAAAACACUUCAUGAACACUCUAAAGAUCAACUAAAUUGAUGUCUCCACCUCCUUUAUUAGUACUAUUGCUAUGUUGUCGUUUUUUUUUUGGUGUGGAUUUGGAUCAAAUAAAUGGGAGUCUAGCUCCUCUGUUUUGUGUUUGCCUCUCCUUUUUUUUUUGGGUGUGUCCUCUUAGUUUUUGUUCUAUUUUUGGUAUCUUUAUAUGUUUUGUGUCUUGGAUUUAUUUCAUUUUGUUAUGGAUAUGUCAAAAGAUUUUGGGGAGUGUUUUGAUAUGUAAUAGGCCAGUUUUUUCGUAAGUAGGUAAGAACAAAGCCUAAAUUUUUAGAAUUCGAUCAUGUCUGCUUUUUAAUUUAUGAAUACUCACAUAAUUUUAGUUGCAUGU